AUGACGAAGGUUUUCUUCGCUGGACCAGUUCACCACGAGAUAAUCGUAAGCGUGCCGUGGGUGACCCAGUGGAAGGCGCAAAUGCUUUCCGCUGAUGACGCCAUAGAGGUCUUUCUACCAGGAACUGAUGCGAGUAUGCAGCUCUCAGCGCUCCCAACAGCAUUUGCAUCUUCUAUGGACAGAGGACUGGAAACUGUGUCCCAAGGAAAGCGGAGCGAGGAGGCUCCCAUACAGUGCAUACGCAAUGAAGGGAACGACGGAGAUGUGCAUGCACCACCCCGUCGUAACGGUCUGGUAAAGAUUCUUGAGGAAUUCGAUCAACUGAACACGGAGGCGCAGAAGAAGUUGGAAAAAUUGGAGGGAGAGUUCUCAGAUGUACUCAAUAACAAGGAGCUACCGGCCUGCAGGCCACCCGCUGGAUUCUCAAUGCACCCAAUCGAACUCAUUCCCGGCGCAGCCCAAAGGUACCGGCGACCCCCCACCUCGAAGGGGAAAUUGAACGGCAUGCGGAUAAAAUUCUAA